AUAAACUUCAGUUCGCGCCAACUGUUUGUACGCGUUGUGUCCUAUUGGUCUAGCCGUUGAUUAACCGUAAAAUUCAAAUUAAAGAACACAUUCUAAAGAUGUCUUACAAAGUGGAGCCACUACCCGAUUCGUAUGCCGGUCUAGGCGAGGGACCCCACUGGGAUGUGGCCAGACAGAGUCUGUACUACGUGGACUUGGAGGCAGGCAGCCUUUUGCGCUAUGAUUACAAACAGAAUAAGACCUAUAGAACUCAAAUUGAGGGCGAGACUUUGGCUGGUUUUGUGCUUCCCGUCGAGGGCAAUGCCCAGGAGUUUGCCGUCGGCUGUGGCCGCCGUGUCGUUAUUGUCAACUGGGACGGUAUCUCGCCGGUGGCCAAGGUAGUGCGCACUCUGUUUGAGGUGCAGCCAGAUUUUGAGGCGAAUCGCUUGAACGAUGCCAAAACCGAUCCACGUGGUCGCCUCUUCGCCGGCACCAUGCGCUACAUUGGUGACGAGUUCACGCACCGCCAUGGCGAAUUGUACCGAUGGGAGGCGGGCGGCAACGUCACGCUGGUGAAGAGCGAUGUCGGCAUCUCCAAUGGGCUGGCCUGGGAUGAGAAGGCCAAAAAGUUCUACUACAUUGAUACCACCGAUUACGAGGUCAAGUCGUACGACUAUAAUUUUGACACUGGAGUCGCCAGCAAUCCCAAGGUUAUCUACAAUUUGCGUAAGACCAGCCCCAAGGAUCAUCUCUUGCCCGAUGGCAUGACAAUCGAUACUGAGGGCAACAUCUAUGUGGCCACAUUCAAUGGCGCCACCAUCUACAAAGUCAACCCCAGCACGGGCAAGGUCCUGCUGGAGAUUAAUCUGCCCACCAAGCAGAUAACGUCGGUCGCCUUCGGUGGGCCCAAUCUGGACAUUCUUUAUGUGACCACCGCUGCCAAGUUCGAUCAACCCACUCCGGCUGGCACCACCUACAAGGUGACAGGUCUCAAUGCCAAGGGCUAUCCAGGAGUCAGCCUGAAGAUCUAAUAACAUAUUCAUAUAAUUAUUCUCUUUUUUUUGUAUGAAACCUACUCAAUUAUUACU